AUGAAUUUUAUUCAAAAUCCUGGUAGCCUGAUCGACCUUAGUUCUAUACAUAGAGAUAGCAAACGGAUGAAGCAAAUUCCUGCUCAUAUUGGAUUAGUUGUUGUUGAAGAUAGCAUCAGUUGUAAAGAUAUCGCCAAAGUCAUUGUUUGGUCUAUUGGAAUAGGCAUACCAUGUGUUACAUUAUUUGAUCAGAAAGGUUGGUUGAAAGAGAUGAGACACAAAAUUAAUCAAGAGGUAACUAAUUAUUAUAACCUCUUACUAAGUAAAGAGAAGACGAAAAUGGUCUUAAGUUGUCGUAACGGCAUAGCAUUGGCUAAUAUUAGCAUACCAGGAUAUUCCAAACCAAUUCGCCUAAACUUCCUAUCAAAUUCAGAUGGACGUCAAGAUAUUGUCACAGCUGCCCAAAAGUUAUGCUCUGACUCUAAUUUUUAUCACGCUACAGUCACUGAUCAAGAAAUUGACAGGGUUACGUCUACUUUGCAUGCCACGCAUGGAUUUCCGGAUCCUGAACUGGUAAUAAAAUUUGGUGAUAUUGAUUCUAUGUUGGGCUUUUUGCCUUGGCAAAUUAGGCUGACCGAAAUAACGUCUUUACUAUCGCAUUGGAAUCUGCCGUAUAGCUUAUUCUUAAACGUUAUAAGGGAUUACUCCAAUUGCCAGCAAAGAUUUGGAAAAUAA